AUGCCUUCCAGUUCUAGUAAGGAUUAUUAUGCAUAUGAUAUGGUUACAGAUGCAAUCGAAUCUAAAAGAAUUGUAAUAUUUACUAAGACUAACUGUCCCUAUUGCAAAAAGGUCAAUUCCUUAUUUCGCAAGACAUUAGAUCGGAGGGAUUACGAUGAUCAUUAUGAAUUAAUAGAUAUUUCUGGUAGUCAUUAUGAGAAAGAAGUAAUGGACACUCUCGAAGCUAUUACUGGAAGGCGAACAGUUCCACGAGUUUUCAUUGAUGGAGAAUGCAUUGGUGGAUACGAUGAUACCAGAAAAUUGUAUGACUCGGGAAGGCUUCAAAGGAUGCUCUACAAUUGA